AUGGGCACGGUGCACGCGCGGAGUUUGGAGCCACUUCCGCCCAGCGGGCCUGAAUUUGGAGGCUUAGGGGAAGAAGCGGAGUUUGUCGGAGUGGAACCCGAAGCCAAGCAGGAGAUUCUCGAGAACAAAGAUGUCGUCGUCCAGCACGUUCACUUCGAAGGGCUGGGCCGGACCAAGGACGACGUCAUCAUGUGCGAGAUCGGAGGCGUGUUCCAGGCCCGGAACCUCAUUGAGGUCAUGCGCAAGUCACACGAAGCCCGGGAGAAGCUGCUGCGUCUCGGGAUCUUCCGACAGGUGGACGUGCUGAUCGACACUUGUCAGGGUGAUGACGCGCUUCCCAACGGGCUGGACGUCACCUUUGAGGUCACGGAACUGCGGCGGCUGACAGGCAGCUACAACACCAUGGUUGGCAACAAUGAAGGCAGCAUGGUGCUGGGCCUCAAGCUACCCAACCUCCUUGGCCGAGCCGAAAAGGUCACUUUCCAGUUUUCCUACGGAACCAAAGAAACCUCCUAUGGCCUGUCCUUCUUCAAACCACAGCCCGGAAACUUCGAGAGAAAUUUCUCCGUCAACCUGUACAAAGUCACGGGCCAGUUCCCCUGGAGCUCGCUGCGGGAGACAGACCGAGGCCUGUCGGCUGAGUACAGCUUCCCCAUCUGGAGAACCAGCCACACCGUCAAGUGGGAAGGCGUGUGGCGGGAGCUGGGCUGCCUGGCCCGGACCGCGUCCUUUGCUGUGCGCCAGGAGAGCGGCCACUCGCUCAAGUCCUCCCUCUCGCACACGAUGGUCAUCGACACCCGAAGCUCCUCCAUCCUUCCUCGAAGGGGCGCCCUGCUCAAGGUCAACCAGGAACUGGCCGGCUACACUGGCGGCGACGUCAGCUUCCUGAAGGAAGACUUUGAGCUUCAGCUGAACAAGCAGAUUGUGCUGGACACUGUGUUCUCGGCGUCCCUGUGGGGCGGGAUGCUGGUGCCCAUUGGGGACAAGCCAUCCAGCAUUGCCGACAGGUUCUACCUCGGGGGACCCACCAGCGUGCGGGGCUUCAGCAUGUACAGCGUUGGCCCGCAGAGUGAAGGAGACUACCUAGGGGGCGAGGCGUACUGGGCCGGCGGGCUACACCUCUACACCCCGCUUCCCUUCCGGCCCGGCCAGGGCGGUUUUGGGGAGCUUUUCCGGACACACUUUUUCCUCAACGCCGGGAACUUGUGUAACCUCAACUAUGGGGAAGGGCCCCGCGCGCACCUGCGCAAGCUGGCGGAGUGCAUCCGCUGGUCCUAUGGCGCCGGCAUCGUGCUGCGGCUCGGCAACAUCGCUCGUCUGGAGCUCAACUACUGCAUCCCUAUGGGCGUGCAGCGGGGCGACAAGAUCUGUGACGGGGUCCAGUUCGGGGCCGGGAUUCGCUUCCUGUAGCUGGGCCAGAAUCUUUCCUCCGCUCGUGCCUCCGGUGGCCUUGUCUCGUCACACCCAAUAAACCUACGGAUGGAA